AUGGGUGCUCUAAUCAAGCUCAUUGAUUUAACACUCUUCAUAUUCUUUUUUGUCAUUGCCUUGGCAGCACCACUUAUCGAUUCUCAAACCUGUCUUCCUCGACACCUAUUUCCGACAGCUUUGAUUGAUAUUAAGAGCUGGUACGGACGUGAAUAUGGGGACUAUUUGAUUGCGGAGAAGCCGCAUUUCUUUGUGGGGCUUGUAUGGGUUGAGCUUCUUUUUCAGUGGCCUCUCGCUGUUGCCUGUCUUUAUGGGAUUGCAGCUGGAAAGUCUUGGCUAAACACCACCUGCUUGCUUUACGGGGUCUCCACUUCCACUGCUAUGGUAGCCAUACUUUCUGAACUUACAUUGUCUAAAAGAGCAUCUGAACGGCUGUUAACCAUGUACUUCCCCUUUCUCGGGUUUGCUAUUUUAGCAAUAUUACGCGGUCUGACAUCUCAUGCUGGAAAGACCAUGACAAUCGGAAAAAGACCCGUGCUAAAUAGAAAAAAGAGGGCUUGA